CCUGGUGGCAGGAAGUGCUGGUUGUUUACUUCCGGGUGAUAGCCAUGGCGCAGGGUGCACUGGUGAAGGAGCAGAAAUAUGACAGGCAGCUUCGGUUAUGGGGAGACCACGGCCAGGAGGCGUUGGAAUCGGCUCACGUUUGCCUGAUUAACGCAACUGCUACCGGCGCUGAGAUCCUGAAGAACUUGGUACUGCCUGGGAUUGGCUGCUUUACCAUCGUAGACGGGAACAUAGUCAGCGGGGAGGACGUUGGCAACAAUUUUUUUCUUCACAGAAACAGUAUCGGGAAGAACCGGGCACAGACAUCUAUGGAAUUUUUGCAAGAGCUUAAUGAUGAUGUCACCGGGAAUUUUGUUCCUGAGGGCCCAGAACAAUUGCUUGAGAGUGAUCCCUCUUUCUUCUCCAGAUUCUCUUUAGUGAUCACCACCCAGCUUCCAGAGAGUACGCUGCUACGUCUGGCUGAAACUCUGUGGGACGCCAAUAUCCCUCUACUGGUCUGUAGGGCCUAUGGAUUUGUUGGCUACAUGAGAAUUGCUGUGAAAGAGCAUACUGUAAUAGAAUCGCAUCCUGAUAAUGCACUGGAGGAUUUGAGGUUGGACCAACCCUUCUCUGAGCUUCAAGAGUACCUAAAGCUUUAUGAUCUGGAUCACAUGGAGAGAAAGGAUCACAGUCACACACCGUGGGUUGUUGUAGUCGCCAAGUAUUUGGAGAAGUGGCGCAGUGAGAAUGCUGGGCAGAUCCCUAAAAACUACAAAGAAAAGGAAGCCUUCCGUGAUAUGAUCAGGCAAGGCAUUUUGAGGAAUGAGAACGGGGUGCCUGAGGAUGAAGAGAACUUUGAGGAAGCCGUGAAGAACGUGAACACUGCAUUAAACACCACAAAGAUUCCAAGCAAUGUUGAAGAGAUUUUCAACGAUGAACGCUGUAGGAACCUCACACCGCAGUCUACCUCGUUCUGGAUUUUGGCUCGAGCCGUCAAAGAGUUUGUGGCUAUGGAAGGGAAUGGGAAUUUCCCCGUACGAGGUACAAUUCCGGAUAUGAUUGCAGACUCGGACAAAUUCAUUAAACUUCAGAAUGUCUACCGUGAGAAAGCCAAAAAGGACUCAGCUGCUGUUGAGAAUUAUGUCUCCAAAUUCCUGCAGUCUGUAGGAAAACCUCCAGAAUGCAUACCUGAAAAAGACAUUCGCCUGUUCUGUAGGAACUGUGCUUUCCUGCGGGUUGUACGGUGCAGAUCACUGGCAGAGGAGUACGGCGUGGACACCGCUAAAAAGGAUGACAUAGUUUCAUUCAUGGAGAAUGCAGACAAUGAAAUAGUGCUAUACCUGAUGCUCAGGGCGGUUGACAGGUUUCAGAAACAGCACGGCAGGUACCCAGGCAUCUACAACUACCAGAUUGAAGGGGAUUUUGGGAAGCUGAAGAGCUGUCUGAAUGGUCUCCUCCAGGAAUACGGGCUCUCCUUGAGCGUAAAGGAUGAUUAUAUCCAGGAAUUCUGUCGCUAUGGAGCGUCUGAACCCCACACCAUUGCUUCUUUCUUGGGAGGGGCCGCCGCUCAGGAGGCUAUAAAAAUAAUAACGAAACAGUUUGUCGUAUUUAAUAACACCUUUAUCUACAACGCCAUGCUACAGACGUCCGCGACCUUCCAGCUGUAGGCUCCAUUGUAUUAUAGUAACUGUCUGUGCUCUGUAACAUAGAACCACUGUCUGUAACGUUCCGACGUAGCAGCCUGGAAAUAAAUGUGAUUAGUGCUGAA